AUGCGAUGCGCGAGCAAGGCCGCCGAGAGCGCGUCUGCACGUCUCUGUGCGGACGCCGAAGCAGAAACUACAGCAACUGAUGUCCCAUCGGUUGCUGAAUCGACUCAGCCUGUAUCACCUGGUGAUGCAGGCGCUGGUCAUGAAGACACUCGUGUCUUCACAGAGUACGAGCUCGGUGUCUCGUACUCUCCUGAUACGGAUGACGGAUCCGUAUCGACGGCAAUUGAAUCCAAGCCGCCUGCCAAGCGUGGCAUGGACGAUGCUUUGCGUCGCAGCAUCUUUGGUUCAUCUGAUGAGUCAGAUGAACCAUCGCCGAAGCGAAGGCGCUCGAGGUCGCGAGACUCGGGCGCUAAUAGUGGUGUCGUUUCUCCAAUGGACACCACUUCACAGCGAGGUGCCAGUACUUCUGUCGGCACGUCGCAGGAAGAGCGGGACCGCAAUGUGUUGCGUCUCGCUCCAGAAAAGAAGGCAUGGAUGCCUCCUAAAUCUGUCAUGGAUCACUUGUCGGCGACGACGAGUGAUCGUUAUCGAACACGAUUGUUCGAUUCGUCAAGGAUCCAUCACCUUGACCCCAGCGCGAAAGACUAUCGCGCUGAACAUGAGUUCUUCAUCGAUGCUUUCUUCAGACAUCGAUGGUACAGUGGGAAUCACAAACGUGAUGGUCCCUCACUACUUCAGGCGUGGAACGCCUACAUCCAUAAUCUCGAGGAUGUAGGUCGUGACGCUUGGAACGACAAACUUAUCAAAGCUCGUGAUAAGUUUGAAAAGCGAACCCCCGACAGGUGCACGCUACAAGCUGCAUCGUCUGUCAAGGGAGAAAGGAUUACCCUGCCUUUCUUGGGGAGACUCGUGCCCAUGUUCCCGUGGUGGCGCGUACGUGUCUCUACUGAGAUGUACGAAGGGAUUGACAACCUGAAAUCCCUUUACGACCGUGCCGGGAAGACUUUCUCCGGCGGUCCUUCUGCGGCACAGGAUGUGUCGCGUCGUACUGCUCGACCAGACCCAGUACGUCAACCAUCAAUUGGGAGCGGGGCUCCCAAGAAUCCCAGGACGGGGGAUAGCCGCGCCACCGGACGAGGUAACUCGUCCGACGUCCGUUCACGUCGCGGUGGUUCAACAGCUGCUCUACUAGAUAGCGCUGGCCACCGCGAGAGUCCUCUAAUGGAGGUGGAGGAGGAGGAAAGACGCUCUCCACACGAUCAUGUGGAUCGGUGUGUUCCCGAGAGCUUUUUGAUCGCGUAA